AUGCCCGUAACCGUCACUCCAUUGGAAGACCAGCCCUUGGGCGCUACUAUUACACUGCCAGAAGGUUGCGAUGAUCCCAGUAAGUUGUCGAAGGAAGACUUUGACACCCUUUACAAGGCGUUAUUGGAAAACUUGGUAAUUGUUAUUCCUGGAAUGGAAGAUCUGUCACCGGAGUCGCAAUGGAAGUUAACAACCAGAUUUGACGCAACAUGCGAUCAAACGGGGAAAUCAUACGGCCAUGGCAAAGAGUUUCGUCACGAUAAGUCGGUUUUGAGAAAAGACGGUACUUCGAUCCCAGAUCAACCACAGGUGCAAGUUUUGGGCCAGGGCCACUGGCCCGCUGGCCACCAUGGAAUGGGAGAUAUCGAUUUGAGACACCCAACCCAUUUCGACUUUCACAAGUCGCCACUUUCGGAAGAACAGGCUUUCCAACAAGAUAUGACCCGUUUUUACAGGUGGCAUAUCGACUCGGCUUUGUACGACCUUUCGCCCCCGGUGGCCACCACUUUGCUAGGAAUUCACGUCCCGCCCCACUCGAGAAAGCAGAAAAUUGUCUACGAGAACAACCAAGAAGUCCUGGAGCUCACACAAGGCGCCACCGCAUUCGUUUCGGGAGCAAACGCCUUUGAGCUUUUAACGCCAGAAGAGCAGCAACGGGCGUUGAAAACUACGGUGGAGUACGCUCCUCAUCCUUACAUUUUCAUUUCGCCUGCUAGAGCUACCUCGGAUGGCUUGACUAUGGUAUCAGAGGGCAAAGAAACACCUCUUGAUGAACUACCUCCAUGGGAAGAUUCCAAAAUCAAGAGAUUGCCUCUAGUAUGGACCAAUCCCGUCACCAAGAAACAUCAUUUGCAAGUUCACGGAUGCUGUAUAAACAAGCUGAUCUUGCCAGACGGAAAGGUCUUAGAACUGGAAGAUGCUCGUAAAGAGGUUCACAGAAUGAUGAGACCCGCUAUUUCACCAAAAUAUGUCUACGCCCAUGACUGGAACAAGGGAGACUUGGCUAUCUUCUUUAACAGAGGAGUGUGGCAUUCGGUGACAGGCCAGUUCUCUCCGGGUGAGAGAAGACUGAUGCACCAAUGCAACAUCGCAUCUGGGGAGGAUCCAAAAACCAUCAUCAGUGCGGGGGCAUAG